AUGGCGGCGCCCAAGAUAAUCGUGCUGGGCAGCCUCUACGGCAACCUCGAGCCCGCCUUCAAGAAGCUCGCCGCCCUGCAUGCCAAAAAUGCAUUCUCCCUCGCCAUCUUGACCGGCGACGUUUUCGGUCCCUCUCCCUCCCCCGAUACCAUCUCCGCCCUCCUCGCCGGCACCCUCCACCCCCCUCUCCCGACCUACUUUUCCGUCGGCUCACAGCCUCUCCCCGAGCGUAUCGCGGCCCACCUCGCCGCCAGCGACGACGACAUCGCCCCCAACCUGCACUUUCUCGGCCGCCGCAGCGUGACCAAGACGACCGAGGGCCUGCGCAUCGUGAGCCUGGGCGGGGCCCUGCUCCAGGCCGAUGCCGCGGCCCCCGGCAAGGAACAGCACCUCCCGUUUCACACGGAGCAAGAUGCGCACAGCUUAAAAGGCGCCCACGGGGCGGAUAUCUUGCUGACUUCCACGUGGCCCGCGGGCAUCUGGGCGGGCGGCUCCAAGGUGGCGCUCGACGAGGACUGCAGGCGCCAGGUGGCGGCGAGCGCAUGCGUCGCGGAGCUGUGUGCCGCGCUCAAGCCGCGGUAUCAUCUGAGCGCGUCGCCGGGGGACUUCUUUUACGAGCGCGAGCCGUUUGUGCAGGCCGCCGAGGCCAACUCGGACGUGAUCCCCGUGACCCGUUUCCUGUCCAUGGCGCCGUACGGCAACGCGGCCAAGAAAAAGGCGCUCUACGCCUUCACGCUAAACAAGUCGGACGAGGCGGUCCCGCCUGGCACGACAGCCUCGCCGUUUCUCCCGCCGCGCGACAAAAAACGCCGACUAAACGAGGAGGACGCCGACGGCGCCUCGUACAACCGCUACGGCAACCACCACCAGCACGGGCGGCAGAAGCGCCACCGCGCGUCACAGCAGCCGCCGCCCGGCCCGGACCAGUGCUUCUUCUGCCUGUCCAACCCGCGCACCGCCACGCACAUGAUUUGCAGCAUCGGCGAGGACGCCUACGUCACCACGGCCAAAGGCCCCCUCAUCCCGUCCGCCGCCGACCUCGCCCUCCCGGGGCACUUCAUCAUCAUCCCCCUCCCGCACGCCCCGACGCUGCACUCCCUCGGCACGUCCUCGCCCGAAGCCGCCCGCGCACGGCUCGAAAUGGCGCGCUUCCGCGACUCUCUCCAGUCCAUGCUCGCGCGCCGAUCCGACCGCAACCUCGGCGUCGUCACCUGGGAGAUUAGCCGGGACCGCAACGUGCACCUCAUCUGGCAGGUCGUCGCCGUGCCGGCCGCGCGCAUCGUCGACGGCCUCGCCGAGGCGGCGCUGCGCGUCGAGGCCGACCGUCACGGGUACCCGGCCUUCCAGACCAGGGAGCUCGCCUCGCUCGAGGACGAGGCCGCGUGCGGCGACUUUGUGCGCGUCUGGCUGUGGUGCGACAGCGACGGCAGCGACGCCAUUCGCAGCAAAACCCUGGUGAUGCCGCUGGACAGGGACAUGCGGUUUGACCUGCAGAUGCCGCGCCGGGCGCUGGCCAAGCUGCUGGAACUGGAAGACCGGAGCGUCUGGCAGGACUGUCAGCAGACCGAGGCAGAGGAGACCAAGGACGCCGACGCGUUUCGGGAGGCGUUCAAGGAGUGGGAUUUCACCUUGGAAUAG